AUGCGAUCAGCCACUGAAUAUACAGAUGGUCUGCUAGGGCUUCCAACUUCACCGCAACUAGCCACACAUAAAGAAAGAAGUGGAGGCACUCAAGUAGGCUUGUGCCCGUGCUUCCGCAUCGCAGCCGGCGAAUUCAUGCACAUAUAUGCGAUUUUAAAGGAGGAGCGACUUUCCUGGCGAGACGAUUUUUUUGACGUUAGUCAGCUUUCAGUACCGCGAAGUACGUCGGAAGUGCUUGAGAGGUUGAACCUCAACUUGCCCUUCUACGCGGCCAACUACAUGACGGUGUGCAUUGUCGUGACGUCUCUUUUAUUGUUUCUCAACCCUUAUUUCCUCAUCUUAUUAUGUUCCUUAGUUCUCCUACUGCGUGGUUUGUUUCUCCACGGGAAAUACCAAGGAAGACCUAACCAUUGCAUCUAUAUAGGUGGGGUGACUGUCUCGUAUUAUCGCCUUUUGAUUGUGACGCUUUUCGUUCUUUUUUUAUUUCCUGUUGUUUGGAGUGGGAUCCUUAACCUACUUUUUCUUUUGCUCGUAGGCGCCGCUCUUGUUCUUCCGCAUGCGGUGUCGCGUCGGCCUGUGUACUUCCAUGAUGAGGAACUAGAGAAGCGACGACCAAAGGCUCUUCAAUAUGUGGUUGUCUUUCUGCUCCACUUUUUGAGUUACAUGGAGAGCCCUAACAAGUGA